CUCGUGAUCAUGCGAUCGAUAGGCAAAGUCAGUGGGAGAGUCAGAUUCACUUAACGAUCAUGAUACUAACUUAAACGACUGCAGUGAUUCAACUUAACAACGUUGGCAAAAGAUGGUUGAAAAAUGGGGCAAAAUUCACUUAACAAACGUUUCACUUAGCAAGAGAAAUGUUGGGCUCGCUUGUGGUCCUAAGUGGAAGACUGCCUGCAAUUCCCAUCACCCCUGAGGAUCGGCUGGAUCUAAUGGAUGUCGCAGUAGUUGAUGUGACUACUCCAGAUCCCAAUCCUUUUUUUGGAACCUGCGCCGGGACUUGGGGCUAAGAUCACAUGGCUGGAGCUGAUCGGAAUGGAUUCGGUUCCAUUUGCUCGGAAGGGGGCUUGUGCUGCCCUGUCCCUCUUCUUGCCUCCCUGCCUCCCUCGUCCAGCGACCUCCUCCUCCUCCUCCUCCGUGCCUCUCUCGCCUGGCCGUUCCGCAAAGCACCUGGGCAAGGUCUGCCCUGCCCUCAGCGCCAGAGAGCCCGGCCCUCCGGAGCGAGAGCAGAAGCAGAGCAAGCGCGCACCGAGGGGGGAAUCGCGGUAUCUUUCCCCGCGGGGUGGAAGCGCCGGCGGAGCUUGGCCAGGGUCAAUUCCCGCCUUGUCUUUCUCGUCGGGAGGUCGAGAAGCCCCUCGUCUCCUCCCCGGGGAAGAGGAAUGGGCGGGCUGCCGGUGGCGGCGACCCACUUUACUCGGAGCCCCUAAACAAGGCAGCCACAGCGGCGAUAAUGGCACUCCGACCGGGCACGGCGCUGCUACUCAUCACGCUGGGAUACUUGCUCAAGUUACUGACAGCAGAAACUCAGUGUGAAAAUAUUUAUCAAGAUUUCUCUGGAUGUAUCUUAAAAUUAGGAGAAAACAUGGCUAAAUAUGAAGAAGAAGCUGAAGAAGAUGAAGUGAACCAGAGUCUGCUGCAAGGAUUGCAGGUUGUUUGUGGAUAUUGGAAUGAAUUUCAUAAUUGUGCGAUGGCUACACUUCGGGUGUGCCAGAAGGAGAUGGUGACUGUCUGGCAAAAGUUGAAAAAGGAAUCUAGAAAACUCAAAUUUGAAGGCAAUCUUUUUGACCUCUGCAUCUCCAGUAAUUACCAGAACUUACACUCAUUCCAGAUCCCAACCCUUUGUUUAGUAGGCAUCGCUCUGAUGCUCAUUUGGCUCAAUUUAUGAAGGCAACAGCUCUGUGAUUUUGUACAAAUGAACAUAUGCUUCUUUCCCUUAAUAUUUAGAAAAUAUUUUGGUUUUUUUUCUUUUUUAGUGAAUUUUUGAUUGUGAUAACAGAAUUUCCUAAUAUUUAAUUUUUCCAGUGAAAUCAAUUGUAAAUGUGGCAAGUGUUCCAACUGAAUUUUGACUAUCAAAAGUUGUGCAUGCCUUAAGGAUCUCAAAAUUAAAUUACUAAAAUACAGCUUGCAUAUGAAACUGUGGCACGAAUGGAAUGGUGUCACUAGAUUUUGUAUCUUGGACUGCUAAUCAAGAUUUGCUUUGGUAAGCCUUUCAUUCCAACUGUUGUUCUGAUUUCUAUAUCUAAAGAACUUUUUAGCAACUUUCUUUUUGUAUAUAGGCUUAACUACAGUAAUUAAUAAAAACCAGUACAGAAACACAAGUUAAGAUAGGCAAGAAAAUGAUAAAUGAACACCUGUCCAGCCUAGAUGAGUUCAAAUCACCAGGACCAGAUGGAUUACACUGCAAGGUUCUCAAGGAACU